CUCCUGCAGACAGUCCUCGCCGGCAAGAUGUUGUUCCGCGUGCUGCCGUUGGUCUGCGCUGCCGUCGCCGCGGUCUCAGGAGCCGCCGUCGACCCGAGAUGGUCGACGAGCUACAACGACCAGGUGGAUGCCGUGUUGAACCGGGUGAAGCUGUACGGACCGCAGAUGGGACUGGACCCCAUGCCGCUGCCGGACAUCAACAGGACAGUGUCCGUGGACUUCCUGUUCGAGAAGCUGUCGGCGGGCGCGACCAACACCCAGGGCGUGCUGCAGGGCGGCACCACGCUCCGCCGCACCGGCAACGCCACGGCGCGCGUCGAAGGCAGCGCCGUCUACGUGCAGGCGGACGUGGACUUCGUCAACCUGGACUACGUGUACACGAGCAGAGUGGAGUUCCUGGGCCUGAGCACCAGCGGGCAGGUCACCGGCUCCAUAAACGACCUGGUGCUCAACAUGACCUUGAAGGUGGACCUGUCGGGCUCCACCCACGCAGAGGAGGAGCUCUCCGACCUGACGGUCAAGAACACCGGAGGACUGACCGUGCACUUCGACAACGGAAUGACCUUGCUCGACGAGUUGAUUGACGCCAUAUCCGACGAGUUCACGGAGAUCUUCAAAAACAACAUCGUGAGCUACGUUCAACCCGAAAUCAAGAAAGCAGUAGAGUACGCCAUCAAGAAGAUCGAUUAAAUUAUUGCAGUAACGGACAUCGCAGUUAUCAGAACACGAGUUGUAAAUACCCCACAAAUAAAAGUAAAUUUCUUUUUCCAA